AUGAACACCAUCGUCUUCAACAAGCUCAGCGGCGCCGUGCUUUUUGAGGACGGCGGCGCUCCGGAGCGGGAGCGGGGCAGCCGACCCUACGGAGGAGUCCUGGACAGUCCACGCGCGCGCCCGGAGGUGGGCAUUCCCGACAGCCCGCCCCUGAAGGACAACCUCGGCCUGAGACACCGGAGGACAGGGGCCCGACAGAAUGGCGGGAAGGUGCGGCACAAGAGGCAAGCCCUGCAAGACAUGGCAAGGCCCCUCAAGCAGUGGCUUUACAAGCAUCGUGACAACCCAUACCCCACCAAGACGGAAAAGAUUCUCCUGGCCCUUGGAUCACAGAUGACGCUCGUUCAGGUGUCAAACUGGUUUGCCAAUGCGAGACGUCGGCUUAAGAAUACUGUCCGCCAGCCAGACUUAAGCUGGGCUUUGAGAAUAAAAUUGUACAACAAAUAUGUCCAAGGGAAUGCUGAGCGGCUUAGUGUGAGCAGCGACGAUUCAUGCUCUGAAGAUGGUGAGAACCCGCCACGGAACCACAUGAACGAAGGCGCCUAUCCCAAGCCCGUUCAUCACCCCGUGCUGCAAAGUGAGAGCUCGGUGAUCCAGACUGGAGCGAGACCGGGGUCCAGUGCAAGCGAGGACUACGUGUCACCCCCCAAAUACAAGAGCAGCUUGUUGAACCGCUACCUUAAUGACUCUUUGAGGCACGUCAUGGCCACCAACACCGCCAUGAUGGGAAAAACAAGGCAAAGAAACCAUUCGGGCUCGUUUAGCUCCAAUGAAUUUGAGGAAGAGCUGGUGUCCCCGUCGUCCUCAGAAACAGAAGGCAACUUUGUCUACCGCACGGACACUCUGGAAAAUGGAUCCAGUAAGGGUGACAGUGCAGCCAAGAGAAAGGGGCCGAGCAAGGACGACACAUACUGGAAGGAGCUCAACGCUGCCAUGGCCCUGACAAAUCUUGCCCAGGGAAAAGACAAGCUGCAGGGUACGGCCAGCUGCAUCAUCCAGAAGUCGUCCCACAUAGCAGAAGUAAAGACGGUCAAAGUGCCGCUCCUGCAGCCCUUCUAGAGGACAGGGGCUCGUCAGAACCCAGGGAUGUCCUUCUCGCCAGCCUCUUGUCCGACAUCUGAAUCCUGAGAGCCACAGCAAGGCUGGACAGACAGGCCACCUUUCUCAACCGGGUCACAAAAGCAGUUGUUUUCCCCUCCCACAUGAUCCAUAUUUUUAAUUAUCCUAAAAAAGUAUAUAGAUCACUUAGUUGCUUCUAGAAAAGACAUGUAACUUAUAAAAAAAAAACCACCUUUUAAUCAAAAAUAUUAACUUAUUUUAUGCUACUCAAACUAUGCAUCCAAUGUCUGCUGCAUUGCCAUUACAGUAAGUGCCUUGCUUCCCAAACUAAGCUACAACGUGGGCAUAGGGGAACAGCUGUGCCUCAAAAUGACAGCGCCAUUGUGCUCAUUAGUCUGCGUGGACCGUUCCAGAUGGACCUAAGCAUCCCAGGACGGGAACCCUAAUUACGGAAAGGCCUUGCAAAUGUAUUCAAGAAUUCACAUGUUGAAACUUGGAGAUCUGUUCAGCCCAAAAGCUGUGUCUCUUUUAUGAAAUCCUGCAGUAUUUAAACUGUUCAGUGUGCUUUUCAGAGUGACAGUGGGGUUUCUGAUGCAUGCUUCCUGCCUCCGUCUCUGAUACGUCUCCAACAUCCACAUGGGAAAGUACCGUGUAUUCCGGCGCUGUGUACAUUUAGGAACGGAUUCCUUCAAAGUAGAAAAUAAUCAUUGAGCACGUUGUGAUUGGAAACACUUUUGUUUGUUUGUUUCAAGCAUUGCCAGCAAAGACUGCAGUGCCCUUUAGAUUUCAAUUGGGUUUUCUUGAGUUUGGCCAAAGUGGUGGUGUUGUUUAAACACUAUUACAUACACAACCAAUAGUUUAGGUUUAAAGCAGAACUGUUGGUGGUAGAUCUCAGUGAUUUUUGCCGUAGAAACUUUCCCAUAAGACGUAACUAAGAACUUGUCAUUUGGUUCAUUUCGAAUGACAAUUGCUGAUAGACAGCUUACGUUGCAAUGAGAACCAGACAAUGAAAGAACUGUUAUCUUUAUGUGACUAUAAUGCGCGCACAUAAAGCUGAUUUUUAAAAUUUAAAACACAUGGAAAGCUGACGUUGGACUGCCUCUGGGUUUUGCCAAGGAAGACAUUAAAGUAAAAAAAAAAUUAAGUGAAAUCAUGCAUAAAGAGAAAGAACAUUUUGUUUCUAAACGAGACUGUCAUGGAGUGAGAAUAAUCAAUAUCAGGAAGGAAGAACCAUUUUCCCUCAAACAAUAACAUUCUAAUCAGCUUGGGGAGGCUUGAACCUUGAAUAAACAAUGGAGAUGCCAAAUAUGACAGCAUAUGUGCUACAGAAAACCGAAAAGGAUUUGAUUCUUUUACGGCGGGAUUUUUCCCUCCCAGAUAAUAUAAUCUUUUUUGUAAUUUUUUUAAAAAACUGGAAAGCGUUUUUGUUGGUGUAUAUGAAAGCCAAUGGUGCGGCCAUGUGGUAACAGUUUUCCUUAUUUUGCAAAAAUGUUUUUAAAGCCGAAGGCUGCUGCAGCGAUGCGUGGACCACAUCGGUCUGGGCGUCAAUUGUGGGGCACUUUUUCAUGGGACAUAGCAUUGGGGGAUUGAGUUUAUUGCGAGUCAUGAAGAUAAUUUGAUAUAAAAAUAUUGUGUGCGUGAGCGUGUGUGUGUGUAUAUAUUUACUUUGUUUUCCAAAUUGCUGUCUGCAAUCACAGUAAGAGCAAAAUGCAAGAUAUGUACGUUAUGACUGUAUGAUCAGAGGAAGUAGGAGUUCUUUUGCUUUAAACUCUGAAGUAGUUACAGAUCCAGGAGACAAAUCGUUGGCCUCUUAACCAGCCAAUGGAUAACACGAAAGCUAAGAACACGUACUUCACUCUUUUUCAUACUACGAUAAGUUAUUCUGGCAUUAAAUAUGUUAAUAAAUUGGUUUUUUUUAUAUAUAAUUUCAUUCACAUGAUUGAGUCCUGGCUGUUCUGUAGCCGAGUUAGUCACGAUUCCUUGGUGCCAUCUUUCGAAAGGAAGAAUCAACCAGCAGAUCUGUUCCGUUGAAAACGAUAAAAGCAAAGGCAAUAAGGACAAUGGCCACGUGGUUUUCUUGUUUUGUUUUUUUUCCAAAUACCAAAACUUGGAGUUUGGCCCAUCUAGCAUGCCAAGAAGGUUUACAACUAGCACGUCCUUGGCAAUAUCUCCGAUUGCAAUUACCUUUAAUUUAUUUUUUCUCUUGCUGCUCUCACAUUUUCUGGAAAUAAAACAAACCCCGCCCCACCCCCACCCCGUGCAAUCGUUUCUAAGAGUCUUAACAACGCGGAGCCAGCAGCUGAAAAUCUAACUCCUAAUUUAUGUCAUAGAAAAAUGGAAUGGCCCCUCUUCUUUGUUUCACCAGGUGUAAGCAUUUUUAAUAAAAUUAAUAACUGCCAGGAGUCCUUGACAGAUUUAAAAUAAAAGUUAAUUUCUAGA